AUGGAGACAACUAAGAAACUCUCUGUCCUCUUCUGCUUCUCUUCUCUCUUCUGUCUCUUAUUCACCACUAAACAAGCUAUCUCCGAAUCCGCCCACAUGGCGACUGUCUGCACCAAAUCAUCCGGAAACACCACUCGCAACACAACUUACAACACAAAUCUCAAAACUCUUCUCUCCACUCUUAGCAACCAAUCAUCAUUCGCUAACUACUACAAUCUCACGACCGGUCUAGCUUCAGACACAGUCCAUGGAAUGUUCUUGUGCACAGGAGACGUCAACAGAACAACCUGCAACGCUUGCGUCGAGAAAGCAACAAUCGAGAUUUCCAAAAACUGUACUAACCAUCGAGAAGCAAUUAUUUACUCUGUAGAUUGUUUGGUUCGAUACUCAGAUAAGUUCUUUCUCUCGACCCUAGAGACAAAGCCUAGUUAUUGGUGGUCGUCUGGCGAUUUAAUACCCAAAUCAUUUGGUAAUUUUGGGCAGAGAUUGUCUGACAGAAUAAUGGGAGAAGUUACCGUUAGAUCAUCUUUGAUGUCUUCAUCGUUUACGCCAUAUUAUCUAAUGGAUACAACUAGGGUCGAUGAACAGUAUGAUCUUGAGUCUAUUGUUCAGUGUAGUCCUCAUUUGGAUCCAAAAAACUGCACCACAUGUCUGAAACUUGCGUUCCAAAAACUAACUCAGUGCUGUGGUGAUAAGCUUUGGGCUUUCAUCUUCACUCCCAAAUGUAUGGUGAGUUUUGAUACCUACACUUCAUCAUUGCCGCCGCUUCCACCGCCAAAUCGCAGCGGUUCCUUAUCGAUUAGAGAAAAUAAGAAAAUACUUGGGGGAAUGGUUCUUGCUGUGGCCGUUUCGGUGUUUGCACUUAUGGGUUUAUGAUCAGAUUUACGAUUACUAUAUUAAGAAAAAGGUUUGGUUUGAGUUUCGAGUUGGAUUUUUUUAAGCGCAAUACAAAAAUUAUUAUCAUUAUUAUUAUUAUUAUUAUUAUUUU